UGUGAUUCCACAAGCGAGGGAGACGCACCCAUCUCUGAGUGCAGCAAAACCAAAAAUGUUUGUGUCACAGACCUCCACAUCAACACAGACAGACAAAAUGGCUAAAGCCCUGCAGGAGCGCAGCUGCCAGACGGAUCCCUGGGAGCCACCAGCCAAGACGGAUCCUACAAUCAGACCCGAGCAUAUGACAACGCCCUCGCUGCCUGCUGAUAUCAUCGAACCUGAAGAUGAAGACUCCAGUGACAGCUACUCUCCAUCACAGGAAGAGAGUAGCAGCGAUGAGGACGAGGCAUGCCACCCGUGCACACCGUAUCAAGAAAGGAAGUUUGUUGUAUUUGAGAGCUGCCUGCUGGAGCUAUUUCGAACCUGCCCACAGUGCUUUGCCAGGUGCACCAACAACAUCACAACUCAGGGCACUAUGAUCUCAGUGAAGAGCCAGUGCACCCAUGGGCAUGUGCAAACCUGGGACAGCCAGCCCAUGGUAAAUGGGAGACCAGCGGGGAAUCUCCUCCUUUCAGGGGCAAUGUUCUUCUCUGGAGUCAGCGCUGCUCCUACUUUACGGAUGCUGAGGCACAUCAGUAUUCAAACAUUCAGCCUCACGACGUAUUAUAAGUACCAGAGCAGUUUCCUUGUCCCAGCAGUAGAGAAGGUGUGGUUGGAAGAGCAAAAGCAGCUCAUUGAUCAACUGAGAGGGCAGGCUAUCGAUGUGUCGGGGGACGGACGGUGCGAUUCCCCUGGGUUUUCUGCAAAGUACAUGACGUACAAUGUGCAUGUAGAUCAGAUCAACAAAAUUAUUCAUUCUGCACAAAUUCAGCUUGCAGAGAAUGAGAGGGUCAUGGCAAGUGUCCAGAUGGAAAAGGAAGGACUGAUCAGAAGCAUCCAGUUCUUGAAAGAACAAGGUAUAACAUUGAACUCGAUAACAACUGAUCGGCAUCCUGCAAUAAGAAAGCACAUGGAAACGCACGAACCAGGCACAAAACAUUACUUUGACAUUUGGCACAUCUCAAAAGGUCUGAAGAAAAAACUGAGCACCAUCAGUAAGAGUGUCACCUGUCGCGGCCUAGAUCCCUGGAUCCAGGGAAUUUCAAAUCAUCUGUAUUGGUGUGCGAGGGCCGGUGGAGGUGAUGCCCAGCUAACAGUUGACAUGUGGCUGAGUGUGCAAAACCAUAUAAUCAACGUUCACGAUGGACAUAAGGGAUCCUAUCCGCGGUGUCUUCAUGACCCCAUUCCAGAUGGAGUGUGGCUUGACCCUGAUUCUGUAGCUUACAGAAAAUUUAAGGAGGUCACAGGCAACAAGCGUAUCUUGAAGGAUGUGGCGCAAAUGUCUCCAAGCCAUCAGACUUAUGCGUUGGAGUCGUUCCAUAGUUUGCUUAUCAGAUUCGCACCGAAGUCUGUUGCCUUCUCCCCUGAAGGCAUGCUCUGCAGGACGAGGCUUGCAAUCCUGCACUAUAAUGAAAAUGCGGAACGCUGCCAAGCAGAGACAUUGGCAGGAUCUCAAAGGUGGAAG